CGCCUGCGCGGGCCGCAGACAAUAGCGCUGCCUGCACCCCCGGGCGCCCCCCGCGCGGGCGAUGGCCGGAGAGAACAAAGGUGCAAACUGUAAGAGGAACAUAUGAAAAUAUAGGACUUCUACAAAUAAACUUUCAUGUUGUGGCUGCUCUAUGUGACUCCAAAAAUAAAGUAGGAGAGAUGUGAAGGCAAAGUCAUCUUAGGAAAACUGAGCAUGGGGCCCAGUUACCAGCUCUCUAAGUUAGCUGUGACACUGAACCAGCCAAGAAUUACACUGUACAUGAACGUGCUAGUGAAAGUAUCCAUCAACUGAAAUAUGCCUUGACAAAGGGUGAGGAUGACAUUGGAUUUGACCAGUCCUCUAUGGAUGAGAGCCAUGAUGAUGUGGACAGGGAAAAUGAUGACUGUGGGAAUGCGGCCAGGCAGGAGCUGCAGCACAGUCAUGCAGUUAAUCAACUUAAAAUUUUACUGCAACAUCAAGAGAGAAUGGAAAGUGAAGUCUCUCCAUCAAGAAGGAAGUCAUCAUUCUGUAAACCCCCAGAAGCUGUACCUGGAGACUCACCAGUCCUUUCUGAUCUCAUUCCUAUAAUCAAUGAUCAAUCACAGUACAUUAACCAUUUGGAAGCAGAAGUGAAGUUUUGCAAGGAGGAGCUCUCUGGGAUGAAAGAUCAAGUACAAGCAGUUGUACUUGAAAAUGAGGAACUUCAUCAGAAACUGAAAUUCUUAACUGCAGAAUACACACUGAGAGAACAAACUCUUCUAGAUGCCUCGGCAAAUACUCAGAACUCCUGGCCUGCAGGUGGUAAAGACUUUAGCACGUGCCAGCCUGUCACCUCAUCACCAGCACGUAACAAAGAUCAGGCUUUUGUUACAGCAGUUGCUGGAGGCAUAGAAAAAUGGCCUGUAGAACUGGAGAAUCUAAAACUUCUUUAUCAAGAAAGAGUCAAUAUCCUUGAUGCUCAAAUACAGUCUCUAAGAAAAGACCUUUCAGAAUCUCAGAAGACAUGUAAAGAUUUGGAAGGAAGGCUGAAACAGCAGAAGUCACUUGUUUCAGCUGCAAAUUGUAGCCGGGUUAGUGGUCUGUGUCUGAAAUGUGCACAACAUGAGGCAGUUCUUGCACAGACUCAUUGUAAUGUUCAUGUGCAGACCAUCGAAAGGCUGACGAAAGAAAGAGAUGACUUGAUGGAUGCACUUGUUUCACUGAGACAAAACAUGAAAGAGAUGCAGCAAAGAGAAUCUGAUGCUUGUAAGCAAGUUGAACAUGCUGUGCAAAUGGCAGAAGAGGCCAAUUUGGAAAAAAUAAAGGCUCUAGUCCACUGUGAGCAACUGAAAAGUGAGGUGGAACGGCAGAAGAAUUCUCUUGAAAGGGAGUUGGCUGCUCAGCUAAAUGAGAGGGCUAAUGAAAAAGAAGCAGUGCGGGAGGAAAUGAAGAAAGAAAAGGAGGAAUUGGCAGCAAUGGUGACAGCCUUGUCUGAGAAUGUGGCCGUUUUGGAGGCUCAAAUGAAGAAAAUUACAAGUGAAAAGAACUCUCUAGUUAACCAGUUAGAACAAUCACGGGAUCACCUUGCAUUUCAUGAAAUGGAGAUGAAUAAGGUGUGUGGAGAAAUGCGCUAUCAGUUGAAUCAAACCAAAAUGAAGAAGGAUGAGGCAGAAAAGGAGCUCAGAGAGUACAGAACAAAAACUAUAAGGGAGCUUGAAAUUAAGGACCAGAAAAUAGAAAAACUGGGAUUAGAGCUGAAUGGAAGCAAACAGCGUUUGGAACAAGCCCAGCAGGAUGUGACAGGAGCCAGAGAGGAGUGCCUAAAACUGGCAGAACUGCUGAGUAAAUCUGAACACCAACUGCACCUCACCAGAUUGGAGAAAGAGAGCAUUCAGCACAGCGUUAGCAAUGAAGCAAAGGCCCGAGCCCUUCAGGCCCAGCAAAGAGAGCAGGAGCUGACACAGAAGAUGCAGCAAAUGGAGGCCCAGCAUGAGAAAACUGUAGAAGAACUGGAUUCAUUGCUGACCUCCCAGAAUACAUUCAUAGCAAAAUUAAAGGAAGAAUGUUGUAUGUUGGCAAGGAAGUUGGAACAAAUGUCAGAAAAAUACAGAUCUGAAGUCAACCAGCUUAGUCAGGAAAAAGAGUAUCUUCAUGGCAGAUUGGAGAAGAUGCAGAAACGGAAUGAUGAAUUGGACCAACAAUGUAUCCAGCAUGGGAGAAUGCAUGAGAGGAUGAAGUCAAGGUUACAGCAGCUUGACAAGCACUGUCAGGCCACUGCCCAGCAGUUAGUGGAGUUGCUCAACAAACAGAAUCAGCUCUUCAAAGAGAAGCAGCUGCUUACGGAAGAGGUGCAGUUUCUGCGAACACAGGAAAAAAAAUGGGAUACAGAUCUCAAACAGGACACAGAUGGAAUCAAGUAAAAACCUGGAUGGAUGAAAAGAAAUGAGCAGAAGUCUGCUCUGCACCUGGCUGAAACUUGUCUGAGGCUCACCCAAAGACACCUCUACAGAAAACAGGCACACUUGCUAGCUAAUUUCAGCUGGUUUCUAUUUGGUUUUAACUACAGAAUCACAAAUAUUUUGAAGCCUUACCAGCCUAUCAAACUUUCUAGGACAACAGCUGAGACUUUUCAGAAAAGACCAGGCUUGCAAGCCAGUUUUAACAGCUAUUAUGUGGUGUAGACUUUAAUAAUUUGUACAAUUUUUAUAAAAUAUUUUUAUCUAUUUUCAUUAUUUAACAUACAUGUCUAUAUUAUUCACAGACUGAAAUAUCAAUAAACCUAACAGGACUCUUA